AUGAAAUUCAUCAAAAUAAAAUUCAACAAAAUAAAAUUCAACAGACAGAGAUGCCGCCAACACGCAGCAGCACAGUUCAGAUUCUUCGCACACGCAAAGUUCGAGAAAAACACAAAAUUUGGGGAAGAGUUACUUAAGUACCACCACGAGCAGUACGUGGAUAAGGCCCACACGAGACCAGACCUAUAUUUAAAGGGAAACGAAAAUAAACAUGCCCAUGACAACAGGUUAAGAAGGAACAUCCCCUUCGUUUACAGCAAUGAAGUUAAAAAUAUAGGGGAACUGAAAGGAAACCCACUCACCCUUGUUAAUGUGAAGAACGAAAAUGAUGAGUCAUUUGGGGUAGCUACAUUCAAUCCGUAUGCGCUAAUUACGGCCAGGAUAAUAAGUACGAAUGCGCUUUUUUCUGUUAACGUGAAUUUUUUUGUGGAGCGGAUGAAGAAAGCCUUGGCGUGGCGUUCCAACGACACGUCCUACAGACUCAUCAAUGGCGAAGGAGACAAUCUCCCAGGACUCAUCAUCGAUCGAUACCAUGACUACAUCGUCAUUCAACACUUAACUCUCGGAAUGGAACUCCUGGCAGCAACCAUUAACGAGGCAGUCAUGGAAGUAUUAAAUCCAAAGGCUAUUCUAUUUAGAAAUGACAAUAAAGAAAGAUUAAAUGAGAGAUUACAUAUUUACAAAAAAAUUGUACACGGAAAAUUACCUGAACAAGUCAUGUUAACAGAAAAUGGUUGUUUUUUUUUUAUAGAUAUGUUAAGCUCUCCAAACACAGGAUGGUUUCACAAUAGAAGACAUUUAAGACAACUGCUAUCCGACUAUGCAUAUGAUAAGAAAGUCCUGGACCUGUUUUCCUAUGUAGGAUGCUUUGGGAUUCAGUGCUCAAAAAAGGGGAAGGCUAAAAAGGUGUUGUGUGUAGAAAAGGAUAGCAAAUUUACGCAGCUAGCUAAAAAAUCAGCUUCCCUAAAUAACCUCACAAAUAAAGAUAUUGAAUUUGUUUGCUCCGAUGCAAUCACCUUUUUGGAAAACUGUAAAGAACUCUUCGAUAUUGUUAUUUUGGACCCUCCCAAUUUAAUCCCCAAGUCCAAGUUUAUCAUGUCAGGGGAGAAAAGGUAUGUCCAGCUUAUCAGCUUAGCGAAAAAUUGUGUCUCAUCUAAUGGCCUACUGCUAAUAAUUUUUUCAACCAAAUUGUGUUCCUAUCAAGACCAUAUAAACAUGAUUAAUGAGUCCUUUGUAGAUUCGAAUAGAACUGUUAAGAUUGUUGGCCAAGGACGUGCUUCCCCUGACCACCCCGCCAACUUGUCCCUCUACCUAUUCGCUGACUUCUACUGGUUCCUCCUCCAGCUCAGCUGA